AUGCCUCCCCUGGCCUUCUUAACCGCCUCUCUCUACGGAUUAUCAGCUUAUAAACUCUGCUCCUCCUCUUCCUCUUCCUCUUCUUCCUCUCGGACUCGGAAGCAGACUCAGACUCAACAGCGCAAGAAUGAAAAACGCUCCAAGUUAUUCGCCAUUGCAGCCAUUGCGACGCUCGCCAUCGGCCCCUUGACGCUGCUCGUCAUGUCCCCUACCAACAAGGAGUUGAUGAGGCUCAAUGAGAUCCAGAUUGAACCCGGUCCGUUGGUGAGUGAUGUGGAAGAGGUGAGGGAGUUGGUGAGGAAGUGGAAUUGGUUGCAUGUUGUGCGGAGCUUGGGGCCGGUGGUGGGGUGUGUGGUUGGGUGGUUUGGGGUUUUUGGGUAUGGAGACGAGGAGAAGGGUGAGGAGAAGGUUGAAGGUGAGAAGCAGUGA